AUGGAACUAGAGUUCCAAAUGGGUAGAAAAGGUCAUCUUCUCAAUAUAGAACCUGGAUUCCAAACAGGCACAGAAGAUUAUAAGGAUACCAUUAGAUUAUAUGGUAAUGUUACCUUUAGACUAUAUGAUACCAAUUUAAAUAUAGCAGAAAUUACUUAA